AUUUGGGAAGAGACAAGAAAUGAAAAGGCAAGGCUAAUAAUCAACCGUCAUCCUAUCAACUGGAAAUCAACUUACAUCACAUAUCUCUCAGUCUAAUACUAUAAUGUUUUUUAAACUCUUCUUCAACAAACAUCCUAGUACUGGGUUCAAGAAAUCACAUACAUUAUGGCCGCCAUGACCAUGGCCGUGUUGCAGAAUCACAACCCCACCUUUCAUGUCAAACCCUUCUCUUCUCCAAAAAGAAAAGCUUCCCAUUUAUCCUCCUCCUUUUUGACCCCAAUCCACAACCAAAGAUUUUUCUCUUCCCGUUCUCUGAUCUUCAAUAGGAGUACUCAGAAAUGGAGGAACUACUUCAUGUUUCUUGCUGCGAAGCCUGUGGUAAAGGACCGUACUCUUAGUUUUCAGGGAAAUGAUUUGUUGACAGGCCUCCAUGAAAACGUAGUGGUCACGCCAUUGAAGGACACGUGUGGGUUAUUCUUGGGUGCUACUUCUACAGAAAACAAAUCUCGGCAUGUUUUCAAGCUUGGUGUCAUUCAGGAUCUCAGAUUGUUAUGUCUUUUUAGAUUUAAGCUAUGGUGGAUGAUACCUCGAGUUGGGACUUCAGGGAGCGAUGUCCCUGUCGAGACUCAGAUGUUGCUUGUGGAAGUAAGACCAGAAGGAUCAAGUGUUGAUGCUUCUGGUGAUUCUGGUUCUUACGUCCUUUUCUUGCCAGUGCUAGAUGGUGAAUUUAGGAGCAGCUUGCAGGGGAACUCUGCCAAUGAACUUGAGUUUUGUGUUGAAAGUGGUGACCCUGCAAUAGUCACCUCAAAGUCCCUCAAAGCAGUUUUUGUGAAUUAUGGAGACAAUCCAUUUGAUUUGGUGAAUGAAUCUAUGAAGAUUAUAGAGAAGCAGAGCUCAACAUUUGCACUUAGGGAAUCCAAACAGAUGCCUGGAAUGUUAGAUUGGUUUGGUUGGUGCACUUGGGAUGCUUUUUACCAAGACGUUAAUGCACAAGGAAUCAAAGAUGGUCUAAAGAGUUUAUUUCAGGGAGGUACCCCAGCAAGGUUUUUGAUAAUAGAUGAUGGGUGGCAAGAUACAACUAAUGAGUUCCAAAAGGAAGGAGAAGAAUUUGUAGAUGGAACACAGUUUGGCGGCAGAUUAGUAAGCCUUGAAGAAAACAGCAAGUUUCGGAGAGGAAAUGAAGACAAAAGUGAUGCACCUACUUGUCUUAAGUCUUUUGUUUCAGAUAUUAAGAGCUCUUUUGGCCUUAAAUAUGUAUAUGUAUGGCAUGCCCUAUUAGGGUACUGGGGAGGCCUUGUCCCGGACGCAGAAGGAACUAAAAAGUAUAGUCCACAGUUGAGAUACCCUGUACAGUCACCAGGGAAUUUGGCGAACAAGAGGGAUCUAGCAAUGGACAGUAUGGAGAAGUAUGGCAUAGGUACACUUGAUCCAGCAACAGUAACCCAAUUUUAUGAUCAUCUCCACAAGUAUCUUGUUUCACAGGGUGUGGAUGGGGUUAAAGUUGAUGUUCAGAACAUCCUUGAAACUAUCGCAGCUGGUUUAGGAGGCCGGGUAUCACUUACUAGACAGUUCCAACAAGCUCUUGAAAGCUCCAUUGCUGCCAACUUUGAAGACAACAGCAUAAUCUGCUGCAUGGGUCAGAGCACAGACACCAUUUACAAUUCAAAAAGAAGUGCGAUUACACGAGCAUCCGAUGAUUACUACCCAAAAAAUCCAACAACACAGACAUUGCAUAUAGCUGCUGUCUCUUUCAACAGCAUAUUUCUUGGUGAAGUCUUUGUCCCAGAUUGGGACAUGUUCUACAGCCUCCAUGAUGCAGCAGAGUUUCAUGCUGUUGCUAGAGCUGUAGGAGGUUGUGGAGUUUAUGUUAGUGAUAAACCUGGCCACCACGAUUUCAACGUACUUAAAAAGCUUGUGCUUCCCGAUGGAUCAGUACUUAGAGCUAAAUAUCCAGGAAGGCCAUCACGCGAUUGCUUAUUCACUGACCCGGUUAUGGAUGGGAAAAGUCUUCUUAAGAUUUGGAACCUGAAUAAAUGUACUGGAGUUAUCGGUAUCUUCAACUGCCAAGGAGCAGGAAGUUGGCCCUGUAUAGAACACACUGUUCAGCAAGAUGUCCCUUCUGAGAUAACUGGACAUGUCUCCCCUGCUGACAUUGAGUAUUUCAAAGAGGUUUCCGGGAAGUUUUGGACGGGAGAUUCUUCUGUCUUUUCGUUUAAUACAGGUUCUCUAUCUCGGUUGUCAAUGGAAGAAUCAAUGAACAUUACAUUGGGAAUGUUGCAAUGUGAUAUCUAUACUGUUUCUCCUAUAAAGGUUUAUAACAAAAGGAUCGAGUUUGCAGCGAUUGGAUUAAUGAACAUGUAUAACUCGGGUGGAGCUGUCGAGUCCGUCGACAUUUUUGGUGAAUCUUCUGGUUGUAAGAUACAGAUCAAGGGGAGAGGGUCUGGCAAUUUCGGAGCAUACUCGAGCGUCAAACCUAAAUCCUGCAAGUUAAACUCAGAAGAUAAAGAUUUCAAAUUUAGGGAAGAAGACAAACUGUUGGAUAUGGUGAUUCCUUCAACAACAAGCCAUUGGGAUCUUGUUAUUGCUUAUUGAGGCUUUGUUUUUUGUCCAUUAAAGAACUCACCACUCUGAUUUUUCUGUACAUAAUUCUCCUCAACAUGGAAUAAAAAAGUCUUUUUAAUUUUCCAUCACAAACAAAACACAUGUGUUUGUCC